CGUCGAUGUCUGAUGUGUUCAUGGCGGCGCCGCAGAGCAACCAUUGCUACAGCUCGACUCUGCUCGGGAGUCGACCAGAUCAGCAGAACGGCGCCGGGAGCGGAAGGUAUUGACAAAACCCAUUCGGAUAGAAUUCGCCACAAACUUCUUCAAACAGUCCCUGCUAGUGUUCGCACUACGCUAACACGCGAUAUAUUCAAACUCCUUAUCGUAUAACUUUGCUAUUUGUAGAAGCAGCCACUCUUGUAGUUGAAGUUUCAGUAGUGGAAGUAGAAGUAGGUAUUGGACGAGUAGAAGCCAGUGUCAUGACUGUGGUGCCUUUUCUGUUGACCUCAUCUACUUACCUCAGGGACUUACUGCAGCUGCCACCCAGUUCAGCUAUGAUGCUGGGCAGCGUCGAUGGGAGUGGGCCUGGCGCCAGUAGUCUCAGCCGGGGGGCCAUCAUCGAUCAUCGCCCCAGUGCUGCAAUUAGAAUUACGCAUCAAGCAGCUGCUCACUCUCAAGUGCAUCGAGGGCCGGCGCCUCCUGGUGCAGGCGAUGCUGGAAAACACCGCGAAGCUGCAAACGAUAUAGCAGGUAGUGAACAUCUGAUAGACACGAUUGUCGCCACAUUUACGCCGCGUGAGCGACUCGCAAACUUCUGGCCACAGAUUUUGGCGAAGAAUGGCGCAGGCGAUUCUAGUAUGACAAGGGCGGGUGGCGUAACGUACUA